ACCCUUCCCACACACACACACCGCACGCACUCACACACCACACCACACCACACACACACACAGAUGUUGUGUCAUUAUGCUGAGAUUAAAUAUGUGUUGUGUAGUGUCCAUCACAUGUCCAAUCUGUUAUUUUCACUCUCAUAAGAGAAUGAACACUUGACAUGACCUGACAGCCAUGAGACGAAAUUAAAGUGGAUUUGUCAACUGGUCUCUGUAAUGAUGUGUUGUGCAGACAUCACAAACACUCCAGCACGUGUGUGAGAACAGACAUCAGCACACUUUUAUUUACCCUACAGGUUACAUUUAUGUGUCUAUAUACUGUAUGUACCCUGCUGCGGUCAGUGAUGUCAGCUCUUGUAUGUGAAAAAAAGAUUUCCAGUAAAUAAGAACAACAGUACAUAAAGCUCGAUAUGGCUUCGAAACACUUGAUGCUUGUUUUUGGAUCUUGACAGAUGUGGUUGUUGUGAACUGAUGUUGUAAAAUAAUUCCUUUGGGCUUAAAAUGUCGAUGUGCUGAGUUUCUGCGUGAUGCACUCAGACACACCCACUUUGGCCCAGCCCUGCGUUCUCAUUGGUUUAGUGACCGGUCUGUAGCCCGCAGCAGUUGGUGGUACAAGUGUUCUAUUGACAAGAGUGAUCAUACGCUGGCCGAGAGAGAGAGAGAGAGAGAGAGAGAGAGAGAGAGUGACAGAUUGAGAGAGCGAGGGAGAGAGAGAGAGAGAGAGAGAGAGAGAGAGAGAGAGAGAGAGAGAGAGAGAGAGAAAGAGAGAGAGAGAGAGAGAGAGAGAGAGAGAGAGAGCGAGAGAGACAGAGAGAGAGAGAGAGAGAGAGAGAGAGAGAGAGAGAGAGAGAGAGAGAGAGAGAGAGAGAGAGAGAGAGAGAGAGAGAGAGAGAGAGAGAGAGAUUGAGAGAGCGAGGGAGAGAGAGAGAGAGAAGCAGAGAAACAGAGAGAGACAGAUUGAGAGAGCGAGGGAGAGAGAGAGAGAAGCAGAGAAACAGAGAGAGACAGAUUGAGAGAGCGAGGGAGAGAGAGAGAGAGAGAGAGAAGCAGAGAAACAGAGAGAGAGAGGCAGAAAGUGAAGCUGUACUGAAACACUGAGAGAAACAAAGCAGCUGUACGUCUCUGACACACUGAAAGCGGGCGCUCGAGGAACUUUCUGAAUCUGAUGCUGUUAAGUUUGCGUCUGAGACUGACACCUUCAACAUGAUUCAGACGGCUAAACGGCUUCCCUGGAUUUCGCUGACGUCGCCAUUGUUUCACUGAAGAUGGACACACUCGAGUCAGAGUUGACCUGCCCAAUCUGUCUGGAGCUUUUUGAAGAUCCUCUUCUGCUGCCGUGCGCUCACAGUCUGUGCUUCAACUGCGCUCACCGCAUCCUGGUGUCCCACUGCACGUCGCUGGACGAGUCCGCCAAACCCUUCUCCGCGUUCCAGUGUCCCACCUGCCGCUAUGUCAUCACCCUCGACCAGCAGGGCCUAGACGGACUGAAGCGCAACGUCACGCUGCAGAACAUCAUCGACCGCUUCCAGAAGGCCUCGCUGAGCGGACCCAACUCCCCGAACGAAACUCGCCGCUGCACCCCGCCGCGCAACCUGGAUGAGGGCACAACCAUGAGUUCACCGUGCGAGCCGGUCCAGUGUCAGUUCUGCGAGCAGGACCCGCCGCAGGACGCCGUAAAGACUUGUGUCACCUGCGAGGUGUCAUACUGUCAGGAAUGUCUUCGGGCCACGCACCCGAACAAGAAGCCGUUCACGGGCCACCGGCUGACUGAGCCGGUACCGGACUCGCGGCUCAGAGGUCUGGCCUGUCCCGAUCACAGCGAGGAGAAGGUCAACAUGUACUGCGUCACCGACGAGCAGCUCAUCUGCUCUCUGUGUAAGCUGGUGGGACAUCACCGCGACCAUAAGGUGUCGGCGUUAGGAGAGAGAUAUGACAAGCUGAAGCACAUGUUGGAUUCCAACCUCAGCAAUCUGAUCAAGAGAAACAAUGAGCUGGAAAACCUGAUGGGAAAGUUGAUCCAGACCUGUCAACAUGUGGAGCAUAACGCAUCUCAUCAGGAGAGUAAACUGGUAGAGGAGUGUGACAUUCUCAUAAACAUCGUACAGCAGAGAAGACAAAUUAUCAGCACCAAGAUACGAGAAGGAAAGGUGGUGCGCUUGAGAAAGCUGGCUCAACAGGUCGCUAACUGCAAACAGUUCUUGGAAAGAUCAUCAUCUCUCAUAACUCAAGCCGAUCAGACUCUGAAAGAAACCGAUCACGCACGCUUCCUACAGACGGCCAAGAGCAUCGCUGAGAGAGUCUCCAUGGCAACAGCAUCCUCUCAGGUCCUGAUCCCGGAGAUAAACCUGAACGACACGUUUGACGCACUCGCGCUGGACUUCUCCAGAGAGAAGAAGAUGCUGGAGUGUCUGGAUUAUCUCACGGCUCCAAACGCGCCCACCAUCCGCGAGGAGCUGUGCACGGCGUCUCAUGACACCAUCACCGUCCACUGGACCUCAGAGGAUGAAUUCAGCAUCGUUUCAUAUGAGCUUCAGUACACCAUCUGCACCGGCCAGGCCAACGUCCUCAGUCUUUGUAACUCCAUGGAGAGCUGGAUGAUCGUGCCCAACAUCAAACAGAACCAUUACACCGUUCACGGCCUGCAGUGCGGAACCAAAUACAUCUUCAUCGUGAAAGCCAUGAACCAGGCCGGGAGUCGCAGCAGUCCACCCGGCAAACUCAAGACAAACAGCCAGCCAUUUAAACUGGACCCCAAGUCGGCACACAGGAAGUUAAAGGUGUCACAUGACAAUCUGACCGUCGAACGGGACGAGGCCUCGUCCAUGAAAAGUCACGCACAGGACCGCUUCGGCAGCUCUGGGAACUAUGGAGUCACUGGAAACGUCUACAUCGACAGCGGACGUCACUACUGGGAGGUUCUGAUUGGAGGGAGCACAUGGUUUGCCAUUGGCAUCGCCUACAAGUCGGCCCCCAAACACGGAUGGGUGGGCAAAGAUUCUGCGUCGUGGGUGCUGUGUCGCUGCAACACCUCGUGGGCCGUGAGGCAUAACGGCAAAGAGUUUCCGGUGGAGCCGUCUCCUCACAUGCGGCGUCUGGGCGUUCUGCUGGACUACGACACCGGAUCAUUGGCUUUCUAUGACGCCGCUGGCACGCAACACCUGCACACCUUCGACAUCGCCUUCUCUCAGCCCAUCUGUCCCGUCUUCAGCGUGUGGAACAAGUGCUUGACCGUCCUCACGGGUCUGCCCAUCCCUGACCAUCUGGAGGUCAGUGACCCUCAGGAAUGAAGAGAUGCGCCUUUACACCUGGACUUAACAUCAGUCAGUACAACCUGAAGGACCGCCUACUCACCUGUCAAUCAAUCACUGCCCCGAAAACCACAUACAGUAGUGGACAAAAGUCACUUACUCGUUUUAGCACUUUUAGAAUAAUAGUAAAGUCAGACUAUGAGAUGAGAUAAGUAUUGAAAAAAUGAUCUGCUUUUUUUGUCGCUAUUCGCUCUAAAUCAGUGGAUUUUUAACAUAAAACAUGGCCUUUACAAACUGGUCAUGUGACACAUGUACAUUCACCUUUUAAAAUGUCUUAUGUGGCUAGAUCGACAAUCAGUUUCGGCGACAUUUUGAUACGUUACGAAUCUGCAGUAACACUGUGAUGGAUGCAUUCAUCUGAACUAAAUCUCAUGUGAGGUUCUUCACAUGCUGUAAAUAAUCUGAAUCGCCCAAAUCUGAGGUGUAAAAAGACUCCAUGAGAACUCUCCUGGUGUUAAUCAAAGAAAAUAUCGUGUGCUUCACUUGCAUUCCAGAAUCAAGCACCUUGAAUCAUCCCUAUUGAUGUCGUCUGAACAGAAUUAUGAGUCUUUUUCUCCUGUCAUGCACCUCGUGUCACUUUAUGUGUGUGUUCUAAAGUGGUUUUAUAAGAACCUCGUAAAUUGAGCACAAACAAAUUCUUCACGUCGAGUCGUCUGCACUCUCGUGAUUUAUUUGAGUGUUUUCUCGCUCUGCCACGGUGCUCAUCUUCUCUUCCUGAACUUCCAUUGGCUCUGUUCAGAAUGGAACACUAACUUUACUGAAUACUGGGUAGGAUGUACUGUACACUGCCUGUUGUUUUGUUUGAUAAAUGGGAUGUGAAACAAAGCAUUCUUGCACGAAAACAUACUUUGCUAGUAGUCUCAUAAAAAGUGAUCCUUUGUCAUUUUUUGCAUUUUUGAAGUUAGUAUAUAAAUGUUUGCCCUUUAGCCAUCCAAUCAAAUGAGUCAAGAAAGAGAUCGUAGUUGAUGUCACUUCCAGUUUUUCGUCACACUGUAAACGGAGGGUCAAGCACAAUGCAUUGUGGGAUCCAGUAUUCCAAGUACUGGGCGUUUUGGCGAAUGUAAAAGGUCGUCUGGAUACUCUACGCAUAGAUCAAAGUUGCAUAUACUUAAUCUAAGUAGACAGUAGGUGUGUACUGUAGUGUGACAGUGGUGUGCUAUUCUGAACACAGCCAUAUUGUACUUGCACUUUUUCUAUCUAACCUUUGACCUUUUAACACUCCAAGAAAACUCUGACAUACUAUUCGACCUUUUUUGUUCGGUUUCAUUUUCAUUGUCCCCUUACAUUGCUGUGCUUGUCAUGACACAUUAAAUAAAAAUGCCAAAGCCUGAUUAUGUAUAAAUGUAAAUUCCGUGAAAAUCUUCCCUUUGUCCUCAAGAUGAUUUAUUGUCACAGAUUUGUGCUGAAGAGAAGCACAAAGGUGCGAGCUAAACCUGCUUUCACUCACAACAAUCAGCUCAAUAAUAUAAGGAAUUCAUUACUUUGUUAGAAAUGAUUUGCAGAUUAAAUAGCACCUUUUACUGCACUUUAUGCAUGAGCUCAUAGAUUUUCAUUUCAUUUUAAAGUUCAUUCAAAAUGUGUUUUAAAACGUUUUAUGUACAGUGAUAGUUACGUUUUGUAAUCCAUUUUUAUUUUCUGAAUUGUGAAUAAUGCCCUGGUAUGAAAUAAUAAAAUAGUUUGUCCCGUUA